UCAUAAUUUAUACUUGCGUUUCACAUUUGAUGUAUCAAUUCAUAAAAUAUAACUUUGAUUAAUAAUAUUUAAUUCGAGUCUACUUUUCAUUGAUUAUUAAAAGUUUGUGGCAUUUAUCAAUACUAUUCUAAUAGUAAGCAACAUACAUAGGACAAUUGUUUAAAUUGUACCAUUUCAAUAGUCUUGAUUUAUCCAAGAUGAAUUUUUGGAAUUCCUUUCCAAAAACAGGGACAUGGUCGGCAGCAUCAUGUUACUUUUUUCAACGGUUUUUAGAAAUCUUAUCUAAAUUUCUUCUAGACAACAAACACGUCAUAUUCUGUCUCAUUAUUCCGUUCAUGACUAGCUGGACGAUAAUAUAUUUCGCGAACGACUUCUGGAUGCUAUACGUGGCACGUCUGAUUACCGGAUCCGUCAUAUUCAUUUUCGCGUCUUCACUACUGGUGGAAAGGGCCGGUCGUCGAGAACAUAUUUUGUUGAUAUCCAACUCCGUCAUGGCCGUAUGUCUCGGCACUCUGGCUUUCUACUUCUGGCUGAAGGAACACGGCGUUGACGUGUCAUCGUAUAAUCUGAUACCGUUCGUCAGUCUCGGACUGUACAUCAGUAUGUUCGCACUGGGAUUCGGUCCCAUACCGGGCGUUACGAUCGGGCAGGUGUUGAGUCCGGAUGUAAUAGGUUUGGCGAUCGGCAUCGUGUGCAUUUUCGCUUCGCUCGCCCAGAUCUGCGUCGUCAAGACUUGCCAAAUAUUGCUUGAUGCAGCUCGUGGUUACGAGCUCACGGACGUCGAAGCUUUGAAACGUCGUUUCGCCGCCGUUUUUCCUCCGUCAGGCGUACUGGACUCACUCAAGCCCCGCGAAGUCGCUGUCGUCGACGCGCCCCGGACUCUUGACGAGCGCCUCGGUGCGCUCGAGGACGCUGUCAAGUCACUCUCGACCGAGUUCGCGGCAUUCACGUUAAACCACGUGCUAACAAACCAGGCGCCAACAAAUCGCGCGCCGCAAAUUCACACCACUGCACAAACCCGUACAGUCCCCAAGUCGUGGUGUUACUACCACGGUCGGUUCGGCAAAGACGCUCGGAAGUGCUCAAGCGAGCUUUGUACGUUUUCUCCCAAGAUAUCGACUAAAAAUAAAACAUUUAAGAAGACGUUAUAUACGUCUGAUUAACCAGAACAAUUCACCUACCCGUGCACUGAUUGGAGAGAUUUUUAGUAUUUUCAGACCUUAUUAUUUAUAAUAAUGAAAUGAAUUAUGAGUAAUAGUUUAAAAUUAAAAUAAAAAAUACUU